AUGUGGGUGCCGGGUGCAGGGGGGCGGCCGGGCCUUGCCGUGGCCAUGGCGGCGGCGGCGGCGGCUUGCUUAGCCGUGGCCAUGGCGGCUCGGCGCUGGCGGCGUCGCCCCGUCCGUGAGGUGCUGUUCUUCCCCUCGCCGCCCAGCUGCACCGAGGAGCUGCUGGCCGAGGCGGCGGGGCCCGGCGCUCGGGUCCAGCCCUGCCCCUGCCCGCUGCCGCGCAGCGACUGCUCCCUCAGCCGCCUGCUGAGGCGGCUCCUGUCCGCCCGCCGCUCGCUCGACAUCUGCCUCUUCGCCUUCUCCUGCCCGCAGCUCGGUCUCGCCGUGCGGCUCCUGCACCGCCGCGGCGUCCGCGUCCGGGUGGUCACCGACGAGCAGUACAUGGGGCUGCGGGGGUCGCAGAUCGGCCUCCUCCGGCACGCCGGGAUCCAGGUGCGCCACGACCAGGGCCACGGGUACAUGCACCACAAGUUCGCCAUCGUGGACCGGAGGAUGCUCAUCACGGGGUCCCUCAACUGGACCACGCAGGCCAUCCAGAGCAACCGGGAGAACGUGCUGGUGGUGGAGGAUGCUGAGUAUGUGAAGCCGUACCUGGAUGAGUUUGAAAGGAUUUGGGAGGAAUACAAUCCCACCAACAAUAGGUUUUUAUGCCAAGGACAGUGAUGGAGCUGCCUCAUACAGCUGGUGGAGUAUUAGCAGAUGAGAGCAUUCACAGCCUAUAUGGACAUCAGUAUAGUAUCCACUUGGGUGUAAUUUAGGCAAGCUCCUGAGAAGCCAAGUUCUCUCUACCCUGAAUGACCCGCUUUGCUGUGGGCCAUUCCCAUGCUAGAGGGAACCACACAGCUAUAUGGGAAUUGUGUUGAGGAUAGCUGUGACAGGGCUGCCUUUGUAGGGCUUAAAGCAGGCAGGCUCAUUGCUGUGCCCUGGUGCAGUAU